ACUACCAGCACGAGAACUGCCGUACAUCUUUACUCUCUCUCUCUCCCCGAGUUUGCGUCACUAUCCACACCUUCCCAAUUACACCCAAACUCUGCACCCCUACCUCAUCCUUACUCUUCUUCCAUUCAAAUCCCGAGCGGUAAUAAACCCUCAACUCCCCAAAACCUAAUUCCAGUUCCCUACAUUUCUGCUCCUUACUGCCUUUUAGUCCCCCUUUUGAACCAAUCAAUAUCUUAUGGCACUCCUCCCAUUUUAUCUGAUUUGAGGCCCGAUUGGUGAGAGACAUGAAGCGAGAGUUCGAGUUUCAGCCUGAGCUGGACAAUUCACUCGGUGGUCGGACUCCGACCGAUACGACUGAGUCCACUUCUUCUCGUAUUGAAGUUUAUGACACUGUUAAUAGUAAUUGUAAGAGAUUCAAAGGUUCUUUGGUGAACGGUUUAAUUGUUUACACUCGUGAAAGAAAGUCUCGGUUUAAUUGGUCUAACGGACUUUCCGAGAAUGGCCAUAAUGAGCAACUUAGGAGCCCGGAUGAGCGCGAAAUUAAUGUUAACGCUUCGGUUGAGGAUGGCCGUAAGGGAAAAGAGGUCCAAAUUGUAGAUGGUGACCACCUCAUUUGUAAAGAUAAAGAGCUGGUACGAUCUCCAGCCAAGGAAGGAGGCCCCGCGGGAAAUAUUGUGGUGAUUGCUGCUCAGAGUUGCGAGGGAAAGAAUGAUUUUCCAGAAAAAGAAGUUAGGUCGUUCACGCCGUCGGCAGUAAGACCGAAGGUCAAGCCGGAGCCGACGGAGAGUUUGUUAAAUGCAUCAGAGGAUUUGGAUGGGGAGGCAACGGGUGGAGUAAAUUUGACACCGAAGAAUAAGUUGGAAUUGAAAAUGUCGAAGAAGAUUGCUCUGAAUAAGAAGCCGAUGACCGUCAGGGAGCUGUUUGAGACUGGCUUGCUCGAUGGGGUGACUGUGGUUUAUAUGGGUUGCCACAAGUUUCAGGGAUCUGGUCUUCGCGGCACAAUUAGAGAUGGUGGAAUUUUGUGCUCGUGUACUUCCUGCAAUGGAUGCAGAGUUAUUCCUCCUUCCAAAUUUGAGAUUCAUGCUUGUAAAACAUACAAGCGGGCGGCACAGUAUAUUUGUCUUGAAAAUGGGAAGAGCCUGCUCGACCUGUUGAGGGCAUGUAGGGCCUCUCCUCUGCAUACGUUGGAGGCAACAAUUCAGAACAUCAUUGGUUCCACACCUGAAGAAAAAUAUUUAACCUGUAAAAGAUGCAAAGGGUGCUUUCCUAGGUCUUGCGUGGCAAAAACGGGGCUUCUAUGCAAUUCAUGUGUGGACUCAUUGGAAUCUCAUGAUACCCCUACGCACGAGGAUGGUAAAAGGUCCGGGGCAUCAACAUCAGUAUUGUUUUCAAAGACCUCUAGAACUGCUUCAGGUUCUAUUUCUCCACACAAUAAGGGCCAAUGGAAAGCUUCAGUCUCUGUUUCUCCUCAAAAUACAAUUCAAUGGAAGUUAAAAGCAAAGUCACCAAAACGAGUUCUCUUCUCAAAGUACUCUAAAAGUGCUUCCGCAUGUAUUCCUUCAAAAAAUAAAAGACCUUGGAAAAGAACAGAAAAAUCAUCAAAAUCAGUUUUGAUCUCAAGAUCCUCCAAAAGUGUUUCCUUCUCCAUUCCUUCACAAAACAAGAGUCCAUGGAAAAUAACAACAAAAGAUCAACGGUUGCAUAAGCUGGUUUUUGAGGAAGAUGGGUUGCCUGAUGGAACUGAAGUGGCAUAUUAUGCACGUGGACAGAAAAUACUCGAGGGUUAUAAAAAGGGCUUUGGUAUAUUUUGUCGUUGCUGCAAUAGUGAGGUCAGCCCUUCACAGUUUGAAGCUCAUGCUGGCUGGGGGUCUCGCAGGAAACCUUAUGCAUAUGUCUACACCUCCAAUGGCGUAUCUCUCCAUGAACUGGCGAUCUCUCUCUCAAAAGACCGCAAGUAUUCUGCCAAGGACAAUGAUAACCUAUGCAUCAUUUGUGCAGAUGGUGGGAAUCUUUUGCUUUGCGAUGGAUGUCCAAGGGCCUUCCACAAAGAAUGUGCAUCUUUAACUAGUAUCCCCCGUGGUGAUUGGUACUGUACAUAUUGCCAGAAUAUGUUCCAAAGAGAAAAAUUUGUGGAGCAUAACGAAAAUGCUGUUGCAGCUGGAAGGAUUUCUGGAGUGGAUCCCAUCGAACAAAUAACCAAGAGAUGCAUCCGUAUUGUCAAAAACAUAGAGGCGGACCUUAGUGGAUGUGUGUUAUGCAGAGGUUAUGAUUUUAGCAAAUCUGGGUUCGGGCCCAGGACUAUUUUACUUUGUGAUCAGUGUGAGAUGGAAUUUCAUGUUGGCUGUUUGAGGGAGCACAAAAUGGCAUAUCUGAAGGAAUUGCCAGAAGGGGAGUGGUUCUGUAGCAUGGAUUGCACUAGGAUAAAUUCUACUUUGCAGAAGUUGCUAGUAAGAGGACCUGAGAAGCUCCCAGAGUCUCUUUUGGAUGUUAUCAAGAGGAAGCAAGAGGAGAGAGGUUUGGACACCAUUAAUGACACCGACGUUAGAUGGAGGCUUCUUAGUGGUAAAAUUGUAUCUCCCGAAACUAGGUUUUAUCUUUCAGAAGCGGUCGCCAUCUUCCAUGAUUGCUUUGCCCCUAUAAUUGAUUCAAUUAGUGGACGUGACCUUAUUCCCGCCAUGGUUUACGGACAGAAUGUAAGGGGCCAGGAAUUUGGGGGAAUGUACUGUGCAUUAUUAAUGGUCAACUCAUCCGUUGUAUCAGCUGGAAUUCUCCGAGUGUUUGGCCGAGAUGUUGCGGAACUCCCUUUAGUUGCAACAAGUAAUGGUAACCAUGGGAAGGGCUACUUCCAAAUCUUGUUUUCCUGCAUUGAGAAGCUGCUGUCUUUCCUGAAUGUGAAGAGCCUUGUCCUCCCAGCUGCUGAAGAAGCGGAAUCCAUAUGGACAGAUAAAUUUGGUUUUGAGAGGAUGAAACCUGAGCAGCUGAGCAAAUACCGAAGAAGCUGCUGUCACAUGGUGACCUUCAAAGGAACAUCCAUGCUUCAGAAAAUGGUUCGCCAAUAUCGAGUUAUCGACACUUGAUUAGAACAGAAGAUGUAGUUUAUUUUUAUUUUUUAAAAGCCCUCGCCUGGGUUGGUUUUGUAAAUAUCUUCUGCUCUUGCUCAAUGAAGUCACUUUUUUAGUCA